UUUUAUAAAAGCUUAACAAUUAAUUACAACAGAUUUUCAUUUCCAAUUAAUUGUGUGAACAAUUAGUGAAUUAAAUUUCCACCUUGACUUCAUUGAUUACCAAUUGAAACAGUUUCCAAACCUGAUUAACUUUAUUUUGUUGUUUUUCUCUGUGGAUUUUAAAAGAAAUCAAUUGUUACACAUAUGAACCAGUAUAAGAAUAAGUCAACACCAGAAAAUGGUAAAAAUCUUAUUGAAGAUAUUGUAGAUAUUCAAUUACGGGCCGAUAAAGGUCGUAUUGAACGUGGCAAAACGAAAUCGUGUCAACACGGUGAGAUGGCCAAAUGUGUCCAUUGUACCCCAUUAGAACCUUACGAUGAAGGAUACAUGAAAGAACACAAUAUAAAGCAUAUGUCUUUCCAUUCAUAUUUAAGGAAAAUGACUGCUGGAGUUGACAGGGGUAAAUUUGCAGCUUUAGAUGAUAUAAGCUGUAAAAUUAAAGAAGGUUGUAAGGAACAUUCACCUUGGCCUGCGGGUAUUUGUACUAAAUGUCAACCGAACGCAAUUACAUUGGCACAGCAAGUUUAUCGACAUGUUGAUAACAUAGUCUUUGAGAAUGCAAAUAUUGUUGAAAGAUACUUGGACUAUUGGCGUUCUACUGGUCAUCAAAGGAUAGGCUUCUUAUAUGGUUAUCAUGAGGUAGCCAAAAAUGUUCCUCUUGGUAUAAAGACUACGGUUGUUGCUAUUUAUGAGCCACCUCAGGAAACAGGUCGGGAUUUUGUUAAAUUAACUUGGCCUGAACCAAAUCAAUCAGAGAUUGAUUCAAUAUCAGAGAAAUUAAAUCUUCACAGAGUUGGCUGGAUAUUUACUGAUCUCAUACCUGAAGAUACUAAUAAAGGAACCGUUAAACAUUUACGCUCAGCUGAUACAUAUUUUCUCAGUGCUCAAGAGUGUAUUCAUGCUGGACACUUUCAAAAUAUUUAUCCAAACAUUUGUAGACUUUCAACUUCAGGCUAUUUUGGAUCUAAAUUUGUUACUGUCUGUGUUACCGGAGAUAAAGAUAAUCAAAUUCACAUGGAAGGUUAUCAAGUAUCUAAUCAAUGUAUGGCUUUAGUCCGUGACAAUUGCCUUUUACCAACUCGAGAUGCUCCCGAACUUGCCUUUGUUAGAGAAACAACAAAACAACAAUAUGUACCGGGUGUUUUAUAUGCAGAGAAAGACAGUUUUGGUAAUGAGAUAAAGAAACUUGCUCGAACCUUACCAGUUGAAUAUCUUUUGGUUGAUGUUCCCGUUUCCGCACCAGUAGAGCCUAAGUACACCUUUAACCCUGCCCUUGAUAAGAAACCUUUUCCUAUCGAGAAUAGAUCGAUACAAGGUCACAUUCAAGAUUUUUCAUCACUUUGUCGCUAUUUGAGCCAGUUUAACCAAAAACAAUUUCUACAAUCAGUUCAAGAUUUUCAUUUCAUAUUAUAUAUUUCAACGAUGGAUAUGCUUCCAUUAAGAAACUCAAUUGACCCUCUUCUUGAGGCGAUCAAUAAAAAGGAUGACCAAGCAGCUCUCGAAUGGACUAAUACUGAAGAAUGGCAAACAUUAGAACAACUUAUCGCUGCUCAAGACUCAGCCUCAUCUGUGCCCUCACAAUCAUCAUCAAGUAACAACGUUUCAAGAGCUGCGACCUCUUCAAGUAGCACCAAUGAUGUGACAAUAAUCUGGUCUUGUUCAUUUUGUACUUUCGAAAAUCCAACAGAAUCUAUAAGCUGUGAAAUGUGUGGCCUACCAAGGCACUCUGGUUAAUUUAUCGACAAUUAAUUUGAUUUGCCAUUUUGUUAAUUCUCCAACAAAUUCAUCUUUAAACACAUACCCACACUUUUCUCUCUCUCUCUCUCUCUUUCUCCCUCUUUCUUUUUUGUAACGAUGAAAAAAAAACUAGGAUUAGGAUAUGAUUAUAUAGGAUACGAAUUGUCAUUACAAUUUUAGCUUAACAAUUAACAAUCAACAAUCAUGAAAUUGGACGACUCUUUAAUUUAAUAAGAUUGUUCAAAAUUAAUCUUAAAAUAAAUCAAAUGAUCUUUCAAGGAAAAAGAAUCAAUUUGUUACCUAUGUCCUGGUA